AUGAAUGACCUGCUGAAGGUCCCCCUGGUGCACGUCCUCACUCUGGCAGCCUUCAGCUUGGCCACAAUGCCCCUGAAAGCUCCCUUCAUCAGCACUCCUCUGGAAACUGUGGAUGUGCUGGUAGAGGACAUCGCCAAGUUUGUCUGCAUAGUGGAGUCGUACCCUGAGCCAGAGAUUACGUGGACACGCAACAGCAUUCCCAUCAGGCUGUUCGACACCCGGUACAGCAUACAGAGGAACGGGCAGCUCCUGACCAUUUUGAGCGUGGAGGACAGUGAUGAUGGGGUGUACUGCUGCACAGCGCAUAACGGGGUUGGAGCAGCCGCGCAGAGUUGUGGGGCUCUUCAAGUGAAAAUGCGACCCAAAAUAACGCGACCGCCCACAAAUGUGGAAAUAAUAGAAGGGUUAAAGGCUGUUCUUCCUUGCACUACAAUGGGGAAUCCAAAACCUUCUGUUUCAUGGAUCAAAGGAGAAACAGUUGUAAAGGAGAGUGCUCGUGUUGCUGUCCUUGAUUCAGGGAAUUUAAGGAUCCACAACGUUCAGAGAGAAGAUGCAGGACAAUAUCGAUGUGUAGCCAAGAACAGCCUGGGUACAGCCUAUUCAAAACCUGCAAUGGUGGUAGUGGAAGUUUUUGCCAGAAUUCUGAAGGCUCCUCAAUCUCAAAAUAUCACCUUUGGGUCUGUGGUGACACUGCGGUGUGCAGCGACCGGCCUUCCAGUCCCCACUGUCACCUGGCUGGAAAAUGGGAAAGCUGUUUCUGCAGGGUCUAUUGUAGAAAGUGUCAAGGACAGAGUGGUUGACUCCAGACUGCAGGUGUAUGUCACCCGACCUGGCCUGUUCACUUGCAUUGCCACGAACAAACACAGCAAAACUUUUGGAGCCGCAAAGGCCGCAGCAACCAUCAGUGUUUCAG